UCCAGCCAAUGGAGGACUGUGGGGCGGAGAACGCUCUGCAAUUGAACUAAAGGACCGCAGGCAGCUGUACACGAGCAUCCCCUAUUCUACACACGCGCCCAUAUCACACAGUCAAUGGAUUACACCUUCUCACUCCAACUGCAACACCAUCUGACCGUGUACCCGACGCACUUUUGCGAGGACUAUAGCUUGGAGUUACAGAUGAAGUCAACAGAGGUGGAUCAAGGCCUUUUCACAGACAGUUACUGCAAAGUGUGCAGCGCUCAGCUCAUCUCAGAGUCACAGAGAGUGGCACAUUACGAGAGCCGGAAACAUGCAAACAAAGUGCGUCUGUAUUACAUGUUGCAUCCAGUAGAUGGGGGAUGUCCAGCUAAGAAGCUUAGAACAGAUGAUGGCAGUGAGGAGGGAGAUGUGGAUAAGAACAAGUGCUGUACGCUGUGUAACAUGUCUUUUACUUCAGCGGUGGUAGCGCAGUCGCAUUACCAAGGCAAGAUCCAUGCUAAAAGGCUCAAACUUCUGCUGGGCGAACAGCCUACCAUAACAGCCAAAGAGGUGCCACCUAGUCCAGUAAAAACACCCUCCUCAGAAACUUCACCUGUGAGCUCGACCCGUCAACACCGGGAUUCUGAUCGCUACUGUCAGCUGUGUAAUGCUUGGUUCAACAACCCUGGAAUGGCACAGCAACACUACGAUGGCAAAAAGCACAAGAAGAACGCAGCACGUGCAGACCUGCUGGAACAACUAGGGAAGACUUUAGACAUGGGAGAGAUGAAAGGUCUAAAACGCUGCUACACAUGUGAUGUCUGUAGUGUCACACUGAAUUCAGUGGCACAGUAUCAUGCACACCUGCAGGGCUCCAAGCACCAAAACAACCUAAAAAAUCAGCUGUGUGUCCAGUGAGCCAGUGGGAAAAACUAGAUGAUUGGAUUGAUGUCAGACAAGCUGUGAUCAGCUUGCCCGGGAUUUUCUGCCUCUAUUCUGUCUCUCUUUCUCUCUCUCUCUCACUCCUUCUUUUACUCUGUUGUCUUACUCUCAACUUGACUGCAAAAGAAGAUCGAAGAUCCUCUUAAAGUCAGCCUUUAGUCAUCCCGAACCCUUUCUCUACCUCCCAGCCUCCUCUACAGCAGCUCUCCUCCUCAUGACUCAAACACAGACAUCAGGCUCUGAAUCUCUGGAGGAGAUGUGACUUCAUCCAGUGACACCCAUCUGGUACCUAUUCUGUUAUUGCGCCAGAAGUUUAUAUAGCUAAACUCGGUCAGUUGUUGUGUGCAUGACUGAAUACCGUACUUGUGGUCACUUUCUCAGCUAAGCAAUAUCUGUCCAAAAAUCUGCCAAAUUAAUUGUUAAAAUCAUAACAAAAGUUAACAUAAAAAGAGAAUGCACUCUAUAGAAACUGUUGUCCACAUUUUACUUUUAUGUCUCUCAUUUUUAUGCACUAUUUGUUGUUAUGUGCAAACAAUACAUGUUAUACAAAUAUCUAUGUGGUUUUGGCCUAAACAUAUGGGCAUUUGGGGCAGGGUUCUACAGAAGCAAAAUUUACUAGACGUGUUUGUUGUAUGUGUAUGUGUGAUCUGUAGAUAGCUGUUUGAUGAAUGGGCAUUUGAGAAUAUUUGUAAGCUAAUGUGAGCUUAUUCAGAUUUCUGGUCUGGUUUUUAAUACAUUUUUGAAGUUUUGGACAGAAUGAUCAAGCAGCUAAUCCUUCAUUGUCCGUCACUUAUUUUACAUGUCACUGUGAAAACAGGUUAGAAUAUGUGUACGAACUUACUGUAAUAAUUGGUUUUUGAUAAUCUAAUACUUCAGAAUUAUUGUUAUUAUUAUUAAAAAAAGUAUUUUCAAAUUUAUUAAAUAUUAAAAUAUGGCAGUUUACUUUAAAAAAUAAUUAAUUUAUGACUUUUUUGCACGACUCUCUGGAAUACUUGAUUCUGAUUGGUGAAUUGUUGCAUUCAACUGUCAAAUAUUUCUCCAUAACGGCAGUUGUGAAAUCCAGGAAAACUUUGCUCUGUGCUCAUGGUCUGUUUCUCUGUUGUCUCUGCAGUUGAGCUAAUAGAAACAUUUCAACCCAGAUCAACUAAAAAAAAAAAACGUUAUUUAUUUAUUUUUUUAAUUACAUUAAAAUUGUACGUUAAUGUACAGUUACAUGGUCAUUAUCCCCAAAAUAAACUUUAGGGUGAUAAAGGAAACCUGAUGCAUUUUUUUUGAUAAUGGUUGGCUGUGUGUACAUUAUUCCUUUCUUAUUUUACUAUUUAUAGAAAGAUGUUUAUCCCUUCAUACAGUCAAGAAAAAGCAAAAUAUCUUUAUUGACACAUGACAUUAAUAAACACUUUAUCAAAGCCAGAUCUCUAGAGCAAAACAUAACAUAUUGUUUAGCCAAGUGUGGUCGGAUGUAAUCGGUCAUAAUGUAUAUAAAGAUUUUAUUAUUAACAAAGAACAAUUCAGUGCACAAAUAAUCACUGCUCUGUCACAAAGAUGGAAAAAUUCAUUUAUGCAUUGUUUCAUUGGAACUAGUGUGUGUUCCCUUUAAAGAGAGCAACGUGCUGUUCUCUCCCUCUUUGUGCUCUGGGUCAUGUGAUCUACUGUGUCUAAAAAAAAUAAAUAAAAGGCACUUAAAAUCA